AUGCAGGAGCCCAGGCGCCGGCCCGUGCCGCCGUUCGCGGGCGUCGACCUCCGCCGCCCCAAGGGCUACCCCGCGCCGGCGGCGGAGGAGGAGCCGGCUCCGGCGCCCGGCGGCGACCCGUGCCCGCGGUGCGGGUCGCGGGACACCAAGUUCUGCUACUACAACAACUACAACACGUCGCAGCCGCGCCACUUCUGCAAGUCGUGCCGCCGCUACUGGACCAAGGGCGGGUCCCUCCGCAACGUCCCCGUCGGGGGCGGCACCCGCAAGAGCAGCAGCUCCUCGUCCUCGUCCUCGGCGACGUCGACCUCGGCCGCCGGCGCCGCACCCAAGAACACGAAGCGGUCCAAGAACUCCAAGCGCCGCCGCGUCGCCCCGGCCCCGGACCCCGCCGCCCCCGGCGGCACGGACGCCUCCACCGCCACCGCCACCGCUACCGCCGACGUCGUGAACACGGCACCGUCGAAGGAAGCCGCAGCAGCGACGAUUGCCGCCUCGGAGAAGCCGACCGCGACGGAGGAGCCCGCAGCAGCGGUUGUCGCCAUGGAGACGAAGCCGCCAGCCGCGCCUCCGGCGGCCGUCGUCAGCGGUUUCACGGACGACACGUCGACGGCGCCCGGGCUCGGGCUCGCAGAUGUUGGCAGCGUCGGCGGCGCCAAGGAGCUCCUGCCGGACCCGAGCCACUUCGAGUGGCCGUCGGGCUGCGACCUGGGGUCCUACUGGGGCACUAGCGUGUUCGCCGACACCGACCCGGCGCUGUUCCUCAACCUGCCGUGA